GGUCACUGCAGUGUGUAGUAGCCAAGCGUUUCCGGUAGAUGGCAGUAUUUUACCGUCCCCAUUCUUCCCAUUGUGACCCCCAUCGUGGAGGCAAAAGCGAAGACAAAACGUUAGCAAGAUCGAAUCGCCUGCGUGCACUUUGUAGCUUCUCACGCUAGCUUAGCUUGCUAGCUGCUAACAAAGAGCCGCGGAAGUUGUCAACACGUCGCUAAGCAGAGAUCAAGCGAUUGAGAUCAAGUGUUGAGAUUGUCCGAAAAUGUGUAAGGUCCAAAUGCUGAGAGCGUUGCUCAAUCAGCGGCUAACUGCGGCUGUUGAAGAAAUAUUUGGACUGUUCGAAGUCAUGAUAGCGGAGUACGAGGGGGAACUUUCUCGAACAAAGGAGGAGAACGAGCGACAACGUCAAAUGCUGGACGCCAUUUUCAAGCCAGAGGAUGAAUUGCAAAGAGCGGAUGUGGACGAAGAAGACCUUCCCCCUGAGCAGCAGCAGCAGCAGCAGCAGUGGAGCUCCAGGGUGCAGCUGGAGGAGCCCCGGCCUCCCCACAUUAAAGAGGAAGAGGAGGAGCUGGAGCCCGGCCACAUUGAAGAUGAGGAGAUGGAGCCAGAGCCCACCCACAGUGAAGUGUGGACUCUGGAGGAGGGGGACUUCACCAAGUUCCCGGUGGUUCGUGUUAUCGUGAACGCUGACGAUGACGAAGACAAAGGUCAGCGUGAGGAGAAGAGGGGGGCGGAGCUCGCAAGCAGCAGCUCGGCCCACUGGGUGAAAACGGAAGUUGAUGGCGACCGCUAUGGAGGUUCACCAGCAGAGGGAGCGCCUCCGUCAGAUAGCGAGGACGCGUCCCACUCUCCCGACACCGAUGACGAAGACGCGAAAACUGACAAUCGAUGUCCCGGCGACAGCAAAACCCUGAAAUGUCCCGUGUGCAACAAGACCUUCACCUACGGCAGCUACCUGACGCGCCACAUGAGGAAGCACACGGGGGAGCAGCCGUACAUCUGCUCGGUUUGUGGGAAAGGUUUCUCGGAGAAGGGCAACUUGAUGAAACACUCCAGAACCCACACCGGAGAGAAACCGUUUUCCUGCACUAUCUGCAACAAGAGCUUCCGAGAGCCGUCGACCUUGAACAAACACAAGAGAACGCACACGGGAGAAAAACCUUUCAGCUGUUCGUUUUGCGGCAAAACCUUCUCCCAGAGCGAGCACAUGAAAAUACACACGAGAAGGCACACCGGCGAAAAGCCGUACACGUGCACCAUCUGCAACAAAAGCUUCAUCGACUGCUCCACCAUGGUUCGCCACAUGAGGACGCACACCACGCAGUAGCGGCAAACCUUAAGCUGAAUACGUGUGUGUGGUGAGACGCUACCAUCUCCAUAGAGGACGUGUGUGUGGUUGGACUCUACCAUCUACAUAGAUGUGGACGUGUGUGUGUGGUGAGACUCUACCAUCUACAUGGACGUGUGUGUGUGUGGUGAGACUCUACCAUCUCCAUAGAGGACGUGUGUGUGGUUAGACUCUACCAUCUCCAUAGAGGACGUGUGUGUGGUUGGACUCUACCAUCUACAUGGACACGUGUGUGUGUGUGGGGAGACUCCAUAGAAGACGUGUGUGUGUGUGGUGAGACUCUACCAUCUCCAUGGACACGUGUGUGUGGGGGGGGGACUCCAUAGAAGACGUGUGUGUGUGUGUGACUGAUGAGACUCUACCAUCUCCAUGGGAGAGACUCCAGGAGAAGUCUCCUGAACAGAGCCCGCUGGUGAGAUCAUCAGCAGCCCAUGAAGCCGUGGGACUUGAACUGGCUUAGAACGACGUCCGUCAGCCUGAGGCCAAGACGCACGCUGACGUGCUUUUAUUGUACAUAGAUUGACAUGUAGGACGUAGAUGAUACUUCCUGUCACUAAACAAGCACUGCUUUCUUCUAGACUAGAGACGUGUCAGAUAUACACCACAAUAAAUGAUGCAAGUGUUGGGUAAAUUGCCUCAACGGCGUGGUUACGUUU